GAAACAAAGUUGCGCUUUCUGUUGUGGAUUUUGAGAGGAGCCACAAUUUACAUGUCAGCGACACCAUCUGUCGUUUCGCUUUUAUUUUACAAUAAGGAUAGAGUUUUUAAGCAGUGUUUAGUGUUCUUUUGAAUGCAGGUCUAUGCAAAUUCGAUACGCUGUUUUUACUCGAAUUCUUUGUAGAACCCAACGUUUUAACUGCGCAAUAAAUAAUACGCGUUUGCAGAUGCUGUUUACCCAGACGGUGCCUGGUGCAAUAUAUUUGCUUGCUACGGUUUCCGCUCGACUUGACAGAUACAUAACACUAGUUAAAGUCAUUUUGGUUCCUCAUUAUCCUACAAGAUGUCUAUGGAACUGGAUGUGUUUGUGGGGAACACAACUAUCAUGGAUAUGGAAGUCUAUCAGCUUUGGUUGGACGGCCUCACAGUGAGUGAUGCAGUGAAGGUGCGGAUGGAUGAGGGGGCAUUAUUGGAGUGUGAGGCGAAUGCAGAGGUGCUGACCAGCGAUACCAUGGACCAGUUUAGAACGUUCCAGAUGUGUGAGCGUCUCUUACACUCCCCCACCAAACUGGGCAGUCAGCUGCUGUAUCAGAUCCCGGCCCAGAACCAGAGAAUUCUCAUUGAAAGGUACUAUGAAUUUGACAGUGUGUUUGCCAGAGAGGUGCUGGGGAAAAAGCUCUCCAAAGGGACCAAAAAAGACCUGGAUGACAUCAGCUGUAAAACAGGGAUCACACUGAAGAACUGCAGGAGACAGUUUGACAAUUUCAAGCGGGUGUUCAAAGUGGUGGAGGAGCUCAAGGGCCCACUAGUGGAGAACAUACAGCGUCACUUCUUGCUCUCCGACACACUGGCAAGGGACUAUGCUGCCAUUGUGUUUUUUGCAAACAGCCGCUUUGAGACAGGAAAGAGGAAGCUACAGUACCUCUCAUUCCAAGACUUUGCCUUCUGUGCAGGCCAGCUCAUCAGUUACUGGACAAUAGGAGCAAUGGAUAGCAUGAUGGAGGAUAUGGAUGUUGACCUGGAGAAAGAGUUUCUGCAUGAACUGAAAGAUCUCAAGGUUUUGGUUAAUGACAAAGACAUGAUGGACCAACAUAAAAUCCUGGUGUGUGCUGCUCUGCGGGGAAAGAUCAAAGUCUACAAGUUGAUGGAGGUUAACUUCAAAAAUCUUUCUAGAGCCCUGAUAAACCUUGCAUCUAAACUUACACAUACCAAAGAUGUCAGAGAUUUAUUCAUCGACCUUGUGGAGAAGUUCAUAGAGCCAUGUCGAUAUGAUAGAUGGACAGUGGCAGAGAUCACACUCUUCCUCACUCACUACACCAAUGCCGCUCACUGUCUUGGCACGUUCAGGCACCAGYGGAUUUGGGACAGAUACAUGGGCGUCAUCAAAAGCUGUAUCCUCCAAAUGUACCAUGAAUAGGUAGAUCCCUGGUCUGGACCUCCUCUCCUGAUUUGAGCUGUAUCACAGGAGGCUGCUGAGGGGAGGAUGGCUCAUAAUAAUGGCUGGAAUGGAAUGUUAUCAAACACGUGGAAACCAUUUAUUUGAUGUGAUCAAUACCAUUCCAUUUAUUCCGUUCCAGCCAUUACUAAUAGCCUAUCCUCCCCAAUUAAGGUUCCACCGGCCGCCUGUGAUCUGUAUUGAUCUUACUGUGAAUCUGUCUUCCCUCUGGCAUUUUUUCGUAACUACCUCAGCCCAGUGCAGUCCACUUCUCCACCUCUCCCUGAUCAAAAUGAACUAUCUGUCUCCAUCUCCUUCUAUCUCUUCAGUCAGUCCCCCUGUAAAUAUACUGACUGAACUGAAUACUUUUCUGAUGUGUAAAUUGUGACUUAAACGAAGUAAACAUAUUUGUUUUAGAAAGAUGUUUCAACUGUUUGGUAUAUGUUUGUGAAAAUGUGAGGGUCUGUGUUAGUCCAUGUGUGUGUGUUUUAAGGGGGUGGGUUAGCAGCAGGGGGCUACAGUUGGUCAGGGUUGUCUCGGAGGGGGAUUCGGGUCUGAACUGAGACUUUACUGCCCUAUAAAACCCAUUCACUAGGACAGCUGUCCUGCCCCGAUCCUGCCAAAUGGCCAUGGAAAUUCCCUUGACAAAGUGUCCCCAUUUUCCUAAUGAUAACUUGGACUUAGGGAAUGGAAUCACAGUUUCUCUGUCGUUGAAUCAGCUCACUUUUCCAAUGUAUAGAGGCAUUUGCACUCUGGUGCAAUACAGGGAUUUCUCAUGUUGAACAUGAGCACACUGGUGUGUAUGCUGUAGAAACAGUGGCCUGCUGUCUUUAACUGUUAAACCUUGUUUCUUUGUGUCUGCUCGUUAAUUUGUCUCCACAUUCCUCUGGGCCCCCCUUCUUCCCAGACAGUAAAUAUCCAACUGUGUCAGAAGGAGAAUAAGAGUGGGCAGGGGAGGGCAGGGCAGGGAUGGAUGGCACUCAGACGUACAGAGGGAGCGGAGGAAGAGUGAUAAGUUAAGGACUGGGUUUGAUUGAAUCCAGGUAUGUCCUUUCCCCUAGAGUGCAGGGUUGGUUUUUCAUGCCACUAUUGUCCCUGCAUGGUUGAUUAAUGGAUGUUGAAUUUGGGCUGUAGACCAGGAAUUUGAAUCCCAGAUAGAGAGAGGAAUAGACAUAGGACAUGGCAAAACAAGAGGCUGAAGGAGGAUAAUGCUCAGGGCUGGGCAGCAAGGAUGUGGCUUAGGGGGUAAGAAUGGGCUGUCCUUCCCCCCUUUCCUUUCUCUAGCCCAGCCCCCUUUUUUUCUCCCCAAACACUUUGUUUCACAAACACACUUUCACACUGCUUCACAUACGCAUUUUCAUACUGCCUCAAUCUACUGCUCUACUUGUAGGACAGACACCUAAAAGACAGGACCUGUAAAUCACUAAGAAAAAAGAGGCGAGAGAAAGUGAGGAAGAGAUAGCCCAUAAAGCUGUACUAUAGCCCUGCAUCUUGACAAAGAUUUUCUGUUAGCAUAAACUGUGAAAGUGUGUCAAAGACUUACAACAUUAUACAAGUGAACAGAACUGUGGACAAGAGGAAGACUGAUCAAUUCUAGAAUAUCACUUUGCUUCCCCUCCCUGUGUUGUUGGUCUUUGCCAGUACAUUUAUGUACUACUGACUCAGGUGUAUGUGUGUGAU